AUGAACAUCUUCGUUUUUGGGGCAAGGCAUCGGAAUGUGAGCGCCAGCUUCUUGGGCUAUUUCUGCAUUUCUCUCGCUACUGUGGACUUUGCUCUCUUAUUUGUUAUUUCUGUCAUCCACUAUUUCCAGGAUUUCUCCAUUUUAGGAGUUCGAAUCACCAACUAUCACAUUUGUCUGUUUACUCAGAUUAUAUCUCACACAUAUGGUAUAUUGCACUUUCCGGUUUUCUUGGUAUCGGGGCUGGAUUACUACCUGACUAUUGUGAAGUCUAUAAAAAUGUCAUGGAUUUACCCUGGACUGCUGUAUUGUAUUUAUGUGCUGCUAUUAUGGACUACUACAGCCUUUGUCUAUGUUCUUCGCUCUCCCAUUGAUUCUCCAGCCGUGGACAGCUAUGAACCAGCAUACUUGUGCACAUUCUACAUCAGCAGACAAAGUUUCUACUUAUCGGCUGCCCUGGUUUUCACAGUUUUCCUGGUGCUUGUUGUGUGCUGCUGUGAAAUUGUCUCCUUCAUAAAAUCACUGAAGGUUAUUUCUUAUGCCAGUAACACCAUAGUAUUGUUUUCAUUCCCCUCUGGAGACCAGUGGCCCAUUCAGGGACGAAAACAUUUCUUGGCUUCCCUCUUGUUCUCAUUUUUGGGAACGUGGGGUCCCUUCAUUGUAUUGCAGGUCAUCAUAUUUGCAUUGUGUGCUCACAUCCCAGCAUACAUGGACAUGAACAUUCCUUGGCUGUAUUUUGUGAACAGUUUCCUAAUAGCAGUGUCUUUAGCAGUAAAGUAUCCCGAUCUACCAGGGACAGAGAACAUUUUCUCUCCAGACCCAUUCAUUGGCUGGAAAUAUUGUGCCCUGCCCUUCGUGGUUGCUGAACACAAAGACAUUUCUUUACUGAAUAAGCUGCCAUCUGCAGUUUUGAUUGUUUAA